CAACAAAUUAAAUAUUUUGAAUAUCAAUCAUGCAAUUUAAAUAUUUGUUAUUGAUUUUUGUCUUUACUAUUGUUUCAGCGGCUUUGGGAGCGGAAGCGUGCAUUGAUUUCAAACGUGACGCAGACGCAGAAGAACGCAACGCAGAUUCGGAAGCGUGGCGGAGUAUAAUUGAAGACAUUUCUAAGGCGGUGACCAUUAAUUAUGGAAAAGGAAUAUACAGCAUAACAAGCAAUAAUUGUGAGCAUCGUUCUGGACAAUUUGAUGGAAAAUUUUGGAAACCCUCUUUUUGGUUAUAUAAAGAACUUAAAAGUGAAGCUGAUGAAUUUAAUUAUCAAAAUUCAUUUUAUAAGGGUUAUAAGAGUCAUAUAGGAAAUUGUAUUAGACGAGCUGGAGAAGUCGUAAUUACACUCGUACUAAGCAUCAGAUUGAACAAGAGAAAUUUGACGGAAGAAUAGUAUUACAUAAUGUCUCAUGUUAAUUUGGUCAAAAGUUGAUUUAAAUACACAAAUUUUCUAUUAUUAUUAUUAUUGUAUAUAUGAUGCGUACAUUUCCUUUUUGUAUU